AUGUCUGACAUACCCCCAAAUGUCCCUUUCAUGAAGCCAGACUAUACACCAUUCUGUGAACAUGGCCAUGGUGAACUCCAGUGGAGAGUUACGAAGUCUGAUAAGAAUGGCAACCGUGGCCGCUGGAUGGUUUCGUGUCCAUUCAUAGGGCCUGAAGGAAAGUGCAAAUACUUUCGCUGGGGCUCUAAGAGUCCUACAUCAUCUCCGAACCCAUCACCAUCAUUGGGGUCACCACCAUUGGGGUCUCCCCCACAAAUAACGCUCACUCCUCCACCAUCAGGGCCUCCAUCACACAUUGCGCUCGCUCCUCCACCAUCGGGGCCUCUGUCACAAGUGGUGCAUGCUCCUCCUCCAGUAGUACCUGGUGUCUGUGCCGAGUCUGAGUGCUGUGAUGCGAAGGGUCACAAUAUUCCUGGACCUGCUGGUGAGGUACCACACCUGCAUCCACCAGCUGAAGCUACACCCACAUUGUCUGUCAUUGAGCCUGCCAUACUUGCACCUCCACCGCCCGUCAUUGACCCUGCCUUACUUGUACCUGACAUCGCAUUUUUACCUUCCUCCGAGGCUCCUACUGCUGGUCCAUCUAUACUACCUAUGCCAAGCCAGGAUACGACACGCAAGGGAAAAGGCCGCGCUACAGUACCUGCACCCAAUGCAGACUUCUAUGCCAGUCCCCGCCUUCCAUCACAGCUACCACCCAUCUUUACAGAUGCAUAUGCCAAGCAAGAGGCAGAGCGCCUGCAGAAGCAUGAAACACAGUUGCUUGAAUGUGAACUUGCUCUCACAGCACAGAACACUGUUACUGCAUUUGCCUGGGUGGCGGAUGAAGAUGCACCUACUGUCUGCGAGUUUCAAAGUGGAAUUGUGCUACCGCAUGUCAGGGUCACCGCGGAGUGGCUUCACAAUCUUGGACUUUCCAUUGAUGACGGCUGUCACUACUUUAAUGCGACCCAGCAAUGCUGGAACAAAAUAUUUGUUGGUCAUGUCCUCACCCUUCUAGGCAAUCAUGUCUACCUCAAGAACCUCAAUGUCAAAGUCGCGCUCGACUUUGACAAGUAUUACCUUGAUCGACAGCCACCAACCAUCCCACACAUUCGUAACAACCUCAAAGGCGAGAGAGCUCACGUCCGCAAUACUACCCACCAUCUUCAGGUCAGCAAGUCGAGCACCACUGGCUCUGAUAGUGACCAGCCAGCUGUGUCACAAAAGCGGAGGCCACAUUUUUCUUCCAAUCAUUCUCAUCGUUGA